AUCAUUCCCACACCCCCCUCCUCCUCCUACCAGUCCCCCCACCCCCUCCCUCCCUCCACCCAUCUCUCUCUCCGCGCCCCCCUCUUCCCAGCCCCACCGCACCUCUCUCUCUCCCCCACACGCACCAUGGCGAUCUCCGAGCUCGGGUGAGCUGACGAGAAUGCGGCCGAUUUGAGUAAGGUGGAGGGCGCGAUGGAUGCGGGUUCAGGAGGAUUUGCGAGGAGGCUGUAGAGGUUAGGUUUCGGUGUCCCCCAGUCCGGCCCGGCCAGGCCGGUCGUGGGAGAUGAGCUCCUCGUCCGGGGCAAGCAUCGGGCAGCCGCCGCCGCCGCCGCCCGCGCCGCCGCCGGAGGAAGAGAAGAAGUGCCUCAACUCGGAGCUGUGGCACGCGUGCGCCGGCCCGCUCGUCUGCCUCCCCACCGUCGGCACCCGCGUCGUCUACUUCCCGCAGGGCCACAGUGAGCAGGUGGCAGCGUCGACGAACAAGGAGGUCGACGGGCACAUCCCCAACUACCCCAACCUGCCGCCGCAGCUGAUCUGCCAGCUCCAUGAUGUCACAAUGCAUGCGGAUGUGGAGACGGACGAAGUGUACGCGCAGAUGACGCUGCAGCCGCUCAACCCACAAGAGCAGAACGACGCGUACCUGCCCGCGGAGAUGGGAAUCAUGAGCAAGCAGCCGACGAAUUACUUCUGCAAGACGCUGACUGCGAGCGACACCAGCACGCAUGGCGGCUUCUCCGUGCCCCGUCGUGCUGCCGAGCGCGUCUUCCCCCCUCUGGAUUUCACACAGCAGCCUCCAGCACAGGAGCUUAUUGCACGGGAUAUUCAUGAUGUCGAGUGGAAAUUCAGGCAUAUCUUCCGAGGCCAGCCCAAAAGACACCUGCUGACUACUGGCUGGAGUGUGUUUGUCAGUGCUAAGAGACUUGUUGCUGGAGAUUCUGUGCUAUUCAUAUGGAAUGAGAAAAACCAGCUUUUGCUUGGAAUCAGACGUGCCAGCCGUCCACAGACUGUGAUGCCCUCUUCUGUUCUUUCAAGUGACAGCAUGCACAUUGGGCUCCUUGCAGCAGCAGCUCAUGCUGCUGCAACAAACAGCCGCUUCACAAUUUUCUAUAAUCCUAGGGCAAGUCCAUCAGAAUUUGUUAUACCCCUUUCGAAAUACAUCAAGGCUGUUUUUCACACGCGGAUAUCAGUUGGGAUGCGAUUCAGGAUGUUGUUUGAGACUGAGGAAUCUAGUGUCCGCAGGUACAUGGGGACAAUAACAGAAGUGAGUGAUGCUGACCCAGUGCGUUGGCCUAGCUCCUAUUGGAGAUCAGUGAAGGUUGGUUGGGAUGAAUCAACAGCAGGGGAAAGGCCACCUAGAGUUUCUCUGUGGGAAAUUGAGCCACUGACAACCUUUCCUAUGUAUCCAUCCCUGUUCCCACUGCGAGUUAAGCAUCCUUGGUAUUCAGGAGUUGCUGCUCUUCAUGAUGACAGCAAUGCUUUGAUGUGGCUGAGAGGAGUUGCUGGUGAAGGGGGCUUUCAGUCUUUGAACUUCCAGUCACCUGGUAUAGGUUCCUGGGGACAACAGAGGCUCCAUCCAUCCUUACUUAGCAAUGAUCAUGAUCAGUAUCAAGCAGUGGUUGCUGCAGCAGCUGCCUCCCAGUCCGGUGGUUAUCUGAAGCAGCAAUUCCUACACCUUCAACAGCCUAUGCAAUCCCCACAGGAGCAGUGCAAUCUCAAUCCGCUGUUGCAGCAACAAAUACUACAGCAAGCGAGCCAACAGCAGAUGGUUAGUCCUGAUGCUCAAAACAUUCAGUCCGUGCUCAGCCCAAAUGCUAUUCAGCAGCAGCUCCACCAACUCCAGCAGAUGCAGCAUGCUCAUAAUGACCAGAAGCAGAAGAUUCAACCAGAUCAACCGUAUCAAGUUCCUAGCAGUGCGGUUCUCCCAAGUCCAACAUCAUUACCAAGCCAUUUGCGUGAAAAAUUUGGCUUUUCUGAUCCUAAUGUGAACUCUUCUAGCUUCAUCAGCUCUAGCAGCAACGAAAACAUGCUGGAAUCAAACUUCCUUCAGGGAAGCUCAAAAUCUGUGGAUUUGUCUAGAUUCAACCAACCAGUAGUUAGCGAGCAGCAGCAGCAGCAGCAGCAACAGGCAUGGAAGCAGAAGUUUAUGGGCUCACAAUCGAUGUCUUUUGGGGGCUUGGUUUCGCUUAACUCACCCACUAGCAAAGAUGGUUCUGCUGACAACAAAAUUGGCCGUGAUGUGCAGAACCAGUCCCUUUUUAGCCCUCAAGUUGACUCUUCCUCCCUGCUGUACAAUAUGGUACCUAAUUUGACCUCAAAUGUUGCGGAUAAUAAUAUAUCAGUGAUUCCUUCUGGAUCAACAUAUCUGCAGAGUCCAAUGUAUGGUUGUCUGGAUGACUCUUCUGGUUUAUUGCAAAAUACAGGAGAGAAUGAUCCGGCAGCUAGAACUUUCGUUAAGGUUUACAAGUCAGGAUCAGUGGGGAGAUCCUUGGACAUCACCCGGUUCUCUAAUUAUGCUGAACUUCGAGAGGAACUGGGUCAGAUGUUCGGCAUCAAGGGUCAGUUGGACGACCCUGAUAGAUCAGGCUGGCAGCUUGUAUUUGUCGACAGGGAGAACGAUGUGCUUCUCCUUGGAGACGACCCAUGGGAGUCAUUUGUGAAUAGUGUAUGGUACAUCAAGAUACUUUCACCGGAGGAUGUGCAUAAGAUGGGAAAGCCAGGAAAUGAUCCACGCUACCUAUCUUAAAUUGAUACACGGAGCUCUUUCUGUUAUUUUUGCGCGAUGGUCUUAGUUACUGGGUUAUUAUGUCAGCAAGUUUAUGUAAGGUAUAGGGAUGGCAUAAUUAUCCAAUUAAAUGGUGUUGUCUGGAGCAGUCUGUUCGGUGUCAACCUAAAUGUACUAAAUGACUUUCCAUGAUAUGUUCCUAGUGGAAAUAUAGCUGUAUAGGUGCAACAGUUCCCUGAUUAGGCCAUUACUUAUGAAAGGACAAGUGUUCCUUGGCAGAUUAAUAAUGUCAGAAAGAGUCCUUAUAUGCUAUUCUUAAACCUUAACCCUCUGGAGUUGCUAUAAGAUAUUGUAUUUCGAUUGCGCAAAGCUGAAUUGCAGAUAAAGCCGUUGUGGUGAAGUAGUACCUACAAUUUGCAAAUAAAGCUAUUCUGAUGAAGUAGUACCUAAAACUUGUCUGGAUUUUCCCAAAAAUUUGAAGCCAAUGAUUUCUUGUAGCUAAGCAAAUGAUGAAAUUUUAGUACUCGGGAAGCCAUUUUAGACAGAUGACUUCUAUCUUUGUUAUGAAAGCUAACAGGUUAGAAGUACUCCCGAAUUUUCGAGGUACAUUUUUUUAUCUAAGGCAAUUGUUAACUUGUGUGUGUGUGGCUGACUUUAUGUCAUCAUAUACUUUGUUCUGCACACUACUCGACUAACAUGAUCCUAAUACUUUAUUUAGUUUGUUCUGCACACUAGUUUUUCCCUCAAUAGGGGUGAUAAUCCUUAACGAAGAAUAGAUUUGUUCCUAACAUCUUGGCUUGG